AUGCAUAGUGCAACAUAAGAAGAAUUAAAAUCGAGGGCAAAAUAGAAUGAGAUAUCAUCUGGAGAAGAAGAAAUGUUCUCAGAUUCAGGGGAUGAAUGUGAUCCUGAAAAUUACAAUUUUUAUAUGUCGUAAGUUGAUUUUGCUGCAUUGGCGAAUGGGAUUAGUUAAGAUGAUUAAAAAGGAUAGGAAAUUAAUUUAAGGGAAAGAGUUAGCACUCAAUAAUUGAGAUAGGAAGUCAACCAAGUCAACCAGCAUAUUAGUGGAAAUCAUUAAAAUAUAACGAGUGUUCCUAAUCCAAUCAAAUUAUUGGUUUCCAAAUAGAAAAGGAGAUACAAUUAUAAUGGGUUUAAUUUAGAUUUGACAUGUAUUCCAUAAUCAUUAUAUUAGAUAUCACUGAAAAGAUUAUAGCCAUGGGUUUCCCUGCCGAAAAUAUCGAAUCUAUAUACAGAAAUUCAAUGUAGGAUGUCAGAAGAUUUUUUGAUUCAGUACAUCCAGGACAUUAUAAAGUAUACAAUCUUUGUGAAGAAAGAAAAUAUGAUCAUUCUAAUUUUAAUUAAGUAGCAGAGUUUCCAUUCCAAGAUCAUCAAGCACCUACAUUCUCUCUCAUAUACGAAUUCUGUCUUGAUUUGGUAUUUAUUCUUAUAAAAUAAUUAGGAUAAUUGGCUAAAGACUCAUGAAAAAAAUGUUGCUGGAAUUCAUUGCAAAGCAGGAAAAGUAAUAAAUAUUGUUACCGUUUAAGGGUCGUACUGGUGUCAUGAUAUGUUGCUAUAUGCUUUAUGCAAAACAAUUCACCAAUGCUUAUGAUUCCAUGAGAUAUUACGGCAUGAUAAGAACAAAAAAUAAAAAAGUAAUCAAUUAUUUAUCUCUCUAAAGGGUGUUACCAUCCCCUCUCAAAUUCGAUACAUCUUUUAUUUUGAAAAAGCUCUCAAUAAUAAGUGGGUUCCUGACAAUAUGCCAAAUAAAUAAGUUGAAUUAGUCAAAAUCAGAUUGAUUCCAGUACCAAAUGUUAAAUUUUUGGGAGGAUGUGCCCCUUGGUUUCGAAUUUAAAAUAGAGACAAAGAAUACAAUUCUAAAAAUUAAUUCCCUGUUAAAGAAUAUAAAUUAGAACCAUAUAUUGAAUUCAAACUCAGAGACAUCGUUUUAUAGGGUGAUGUUCUUUUACAAUUCUUAAAUUAAGGAUUUUUCUCUAGGUAUACAUGAAAUUAAAUUUCAAAGCAGUGAGAAACUCUUUCAAGCUUGGUUUAAUUGUGACUUCUUCGAUUAUACGGGCAUUCUCAUGAUUGAUAAAUUUAUGCUGGAUAAAGCAUGCAAAGUAUCCCUUAUUUUCACAUUAGGAUAAAUCUGGUAAAACCUUUUAAAAAGAUUUUCGUAUUGAAUUACAUGUCGUUGAAAUUAAUUAAGAUAACAAGUCACUGCAAUCUGUUUAAAAUAAUACAAAUAAUUAAAUUACUCACAAAAACUUUGGAUUUUGA